GGUGAAUUCUGGAACUUGGGUUUUCCCGCCAAUACGACACACUUCAAGAACAGGUGUUAUAUUUAAACGAAUAAUUUAAAUGAAGGUAUUUUUACUGGUUGCGACAGUACUGUUUGGAAAUGUAAAACUCUGCUUAUUUGAUGCUACAAUGGAUGCGAGUGAUGUGACAUGGGGUCAUGCAAUUAAUAGUAAUAAAUUAUUGGAAGAAAAUCUUAAAAAUGAUAUAAACUUCUUAGAGGCAGAUGUUUCUUUAGGAGAUGUUAUGGGACCGAAUCCAGAACGCUCUGUUCCUAUUAUGGCUCAUCCACCUAUUGUAACGAGUGAUAUUUCUCUCCAGAGCUGGAUAGAAAAAGUCAUACUAGCUGAAACUGGCAAGGGUGUAAAAUUAGAUUUUAAAUUUAUUGAAAUUGUCGAACCUUCAUUGCAAAUUUUAAAAAGUCACGAAAACAAGUUAACAUUUCCUCUUUGGCUAAAUGCAGACAUUAUACCAGGGCCAAUAAACGCAGAUACAAAACCUGUAGACAGUGCUAAAUUUUUGCAACUCUGUCAACAAUACUUUCCCGCUGCCACUUUAUCUGUAGGUUGGACAACAAAAUUUAGUUUCGAUGGUCAAGGAUCUUACACAUGGCUUCACAUUAAAGAGAUGUUAGAUGCAUUGCACUGUGCCAAAAUAAAACAACCAGUGACUUUCCCCAUACGAGCAAUAUUUGUACAGCAUUCUAUCGAUCAGUUAGUCUGGUUGCUUGGUGCAUUUCCCAAUUCAACUUUGACAGUGUGGAGUUCAGUGAUUGACAAUGUCAGUAUCAGCAGUUUAUUAAAGUUGAGGUCACGUCUACCAUUUUCGUAUGUCUAUUAUGAUUUACCAUCUCUGUUGUUAAAACAAUUUAAUGAAAGCAAAAACAGAAUUCGACCUCCCAGUGUGCCUUAUAAUUUUAAUCACUAUAAAUGGAUUCCAAUUGGAGAUGAAGAAGAAUGCAGUAACAAAACUUUUAUAUCUUCAUCAGGAGCAUUGUUUCCUAGUGGAAAUCAUGGUUUAAUGCUAAACUUGAAACCUCAGAGUGAACUGAAAUUUGAAGGUGAAAUCACAUUUAUUCAUUUGGAAGCAGAAUCAUCACUUCAUUUACUAUUGUAUGAAGGUAAAUAUUUUCCAUCUCCUUUACUUUCUACAGAGAAUUUAUCCAAAGAAUUAAAAACCCGUGCAAUAAUUUCACACACUUUUAGUAAUGAGGAUGUACAUAAAUAUUUUAAAUUAACUUUCGGUCCUCGCAAUGGAUCUUUAGUCAUUUCUGAUAAGAAAACUGAUCAAAAAGUUUUAACACACAAUUUUAAUUAUACUGAAAAUGUUACUAUUAUAUUUAUAUCAGAAGGAGGACCUGCAGUAUUAUAUAAUGCAGGAAACGAAACGGUUUCCUCUUCUGUAAUUCCAAAAUUAUCUGUUAUCAAUGCAUUAGUUGUUGCCAUUUUCUCUCUUAUGAGAUUCUUGCAGAAUAUAUGAAGUUUAUUGUUCAAGAAUGAAGUCUCUCAAGGUUGUUGGUUUUUUUUUUUUUUUAUUAAAUUGGGAAAUAGGCUGUUGCAUUGUUAAUUUGGAAAAACUUUAUUAAUAUAUACAUAUAUAUCAAUAUGUAAGACUAAUUUUAAAAUAGUAUUUCUUAUAUGAUGUUCAUAUGAAGCAUUCUAUUUUUAUACUGGGUUUUGGAGUGU